AGUUUCAAGUUUCCAGAAACAUGCAUACUACAUUUCAAAAGCUGUGCAUCAGGUCAGAGCCAGGCUUUGCCUAUGAUAAAAGUAACAUGGUACAACUCACUGAUGGUGGCUCUUUUAGUGAAAUGCUUGUCAAAAUCACCUCAAAAUGUGAUACAAGCUUGAUGUUGUUAUCUUCUCACAAAGGACCCAUCAAACAGUUUGCCAUCAAAGUCAUAGGACUAAAGUCACCUAAGCCUGCUUCUUCAGUAACAUCUGCAGUGCUCUCAGGCCUCAAGAAAGGCCUUUCAUUUAUAAAUGGUAGUGCUGAUAUGCCCAAUGUCAGUGAUGAAGACCAAGUAGCUGAAGCCUGGCAAGGUAUUGAAAGUCAAGGCUAUCAUGGCAUGCAAGUACUGACUCUGAUUGACUCGCAAGUGCUGCCUGACAAUGAAUGCAGAGAGCUGUACAAUCUUUGGCAAUUUGUAACAAUCACCCUGCAGAGCAUCAAUGCAUACUACAUGUUCCAGAAGCCAGCAAAAGCUUUCCAAUAUGAUUCAGACUACAGCUUCAGUCAACUCAUGCAGGCUUAUCCUUCAGCUGACACAUUUGCUUUGGCGGUCCUCUGGAAGUUUGAGAAUGAACGUCCUACUGGACCUAUCCGUGCUACGCCCAUCAUUCGCUCAUCUGUUUUUUCACCACAACCACGACUGCCACGCACCAACAUCACUACUACCUCCACCACGACCACCAUAACCAAAAGAAAGAUUCCUGAUUCUCAGGACUGUUCUUCUUUAAGGUCUGAGAAGUUCUUAGCUGUUCAACGUGGACGACGUGGAGGUAAUAGUGGGGUGGCUGUGGCUGAACCUCCACAGCAGGUGGUUGAGAUGGAAGUAGAAGUUGAGGAAGAGGAAGAAGAAUUCGAGUCUUUCUCUUCCCGCGAAUCCAGCCCAGUUGUACAAGGAAUUACCAAACUUAAAGUUGCUAGUCCCAUAGUUGUUACUGCUGCUGCUAAAUCCGAAGCUGCAAACAAGAAUGUUUCAGAGCCUUCAGUAUCACAGCCAGAAAUUCCUGUUCCCAGCAAGAGAACUUCUCGCAAGAAAAUGAUAGUGUCUGAAGCUGAAAUCGAACAGCCACCCCCGAUUCCUGUGGUGGAAGUACGUCAGUCUGAAGUUUCUGGUGCUAGCAUGAGAACUUUUCGCAAGAAAGGCAAUGCUCUUGAAGCUGAAAUCGAACAGCCACCCCCGAUUCCUGUGGCGGAAGUACAUCAGCCAGAAGUUUCUAAUGCUAGCAUGAGGACUUAUCGUAAGAAAGCCAAUGCUCUUGAAGCUGAAAUCGAACAGCCACCCUUGAUUCCUGUGGUGGAAGUACGUCAGCCAGAAGUUUCUGGUGCUGGCAAGAGGACAACUCGUAAGAAAGCUAUUGCUCCUGAAGCAGAAAUCGAACAGCCAACUCCGAUUCCUGUGGCGGAAGUACGUCAGCCAGAAGUUCCUGUUGCUGGCAAGAGGACCUAUCGUAAAAAAAUCAUUGCUCCUGAAGCUGGAAUGGAACAGCCACCACCAAAUCCUGUAGUUGAAGUACAGCAGCAGGAAGUUCCCGAUGUUCCUCUCCAGCCGAAAACGAGGCGUGCACCAGCUAAGCGCGCGGUCGCGGCAUCGCAGCCAAGCAGUCGCCGUAGUAAGAAGGCACCAGAAUCUUCAGCUGAUGACAGCCUGGAGACCGAAGUGUCCAUCCGUCCUUCUGUUGCUGCCCCUCCUCCACUUCAGGAGGAGGCGAUGGAAACUGACGAGGGCCAGGACCAAACCAUCAUGGACCCCACCAACAUGACUCUGGCUUUUGAUGACGCCCCCGACGCGGCCAAGAAGCCCCGUGGUCGGAAGAGUAUGGUGGCGUCAGCACGCAAGAGCCUCGCCAAUGAAUGGCCUCAGGCAGACCAGGAUCACAUGCUGCACUUCUUUGACAAUCUCAACCCUCAGCACUCGGAGACGUCUAGAGUGGCGCUCUCUUGCAAGUACGCGCUCCUUCAGUAUGACCGCGACCUGUCGUCCAAACUCCUGUACCAGUGGAUCGAGCGCAAAGGACGCACAAUUCAGCGUGAAGUGACUGACUUCAACUUGCCGGAGACUGAACAGAAGAGCACGGUGCUGAAGUUGUUCAGCAGCCUCAGUGAAGUUCAGAACGAGGCAACCAGAGUUUCUUUCGUCCUGAAGUUUAUCCAGACGCAGUACGGAGUGACCAUCACUUCCAAGCAGCUCUACACUUGGCUUAAAGAAAAGCCCAAGAAAGGGAAGAAGUAGUAACGCAUUUUUGUUUAUCCAAACUGAAUUUCUAAAAAGCAACUUUUUGCAAAAAAAUCUGGAAACGCUUUCUUAAUAAGACUAAAUCUAGAGGAAUUCAUAUGAGUCAUAUCUGAAAACUACUAGCUUCGCUGGAGUAUAUUUUUACUGGGUACUUAAUUGAAAGUCGAGUCUAAGAGAUGAAAACAAUCCUCAACUCUUUCUGAAUCCGAAAUAAUUGUGAGCCUCCUUGCUAUGAGUUUUAGUAAUAACUGCUGCCUUGUUGAAGCGAUGAUUGCUCAAGAUCUUUAUUGAUACCUCAGUACCUGAUCACAUUACAAACAUCACUUGAACAGACAGAAAUUUCUGUCUUUUACUUUAUUUUCUGUCAAGACAGCAGCUCUAUUUGAAAACUUUCUCCGAGUUCUAGUUAUAGUUGAACUUUACCUACGUUACCUAUAGCUUGUUCUGCGAUGGUGCUUUGAAAUCGACCACUGUAUAAUCGCCACAAGUUUAGUAUUGACAACUAUUCUUGUCCGUGUAUCUUGUCUUGAUAAGUGAAGCAAUUUUAUUGCUUUGCUAUUAGUUUUCGCUGAGCGUUUCACGAGUUUCAGUGCUUCUCUACUCGUGAUUUUCAGUUUCAAAUAUGAAGUUUUUAUUUUAAUGUUGCCUCUAAGUCUUAAAUCAAACGUCGAAAAACCAUGGCUGAAUCAGUCUCAUUUUGACUGUUUUUUCUAGUUUAGUGUCUCUUCUGAAGGAAGACUAUAACCUGGCAGGAACUGAGCUCUCCUUGGUCGUUUACUACGGAAAAAUGUCUUUAUUUUAAAUCUUUUAGAAAACCGUUUCUUUUUAAUCUGGUCGAGGGCAAAUGAUGAUUUUUUUUGCACUUAGUUCAGCCUGAGAUUUAGUCUUUCCAUCAAGCGGUUAGAAUCAUGUUUAAGGCCGAUAUUUUACGAUUCAAAUCUAAAUUUUUAAUGUUGUCAAACUUUUUAACGUAGAAUGUUUACAUCUCUCAAAUUUCUUGUACCGAUAUGAUUCAACGUUCAUACUUUUAAUUCCGUGGAAGAAAGAAUGCGUCUCUCAUGACAAUAUAUUCUAUCUAUUGCCCGUUCUGACUUUAUUUUGAAUUGAAGGAAGUUAUAUUGUGUUCCAUUUCUAAGACUACCUAUACUUUUGAAAUUUUUUUGCUCUCAUAGUUCAAAUUCAUACAGACCUCGUCCUA